CCGGAGAGAACUUGGUCCAAAGAUGUGGACUUCGAAGUGUCAACCGUUUAUCGCCCUAAUUCUCCUCGGACCUUUGGUGUCCAGUGAAUCGCUUUUGUGCAAACAAUGCAUCGGGAAAAGUCUUGAACGCGUUCGCCAAUCGAUAAGGGACAUCAUCAGCCCUCCGGUAUAUGAGGUAUACCCAUCUCCACUGAAUAAAGUGCAGCCACCGAAAGUUUUCCUAAAACCCGAGUCUUCACGAGUGAUUCACGUGCAUCAGCCUCAGUUGAUAGUUAAGCCCAUUUUCUAUCCAAAAGUCGAUUCUAUUUCUUUCAACAAUGAGAUAGGAGCAGAUAGGCCAGUGUCCGCGAUUUCUACUCAUCCCCAACCCGGUACCUUUGGAACUCCAAGUCGAAAUGAACAGAAACAGAUACAAUAUCAAAACAGUAACUUGAAUAUUAAAUUGGAAGUGAACGGACUAAAAGAACUAACAAAAAAUCCUCAAUUGGAAACGAUUCCCCAGGAUAACAGCGGUAAAAUAUUUUCAGAAGCUAAAUAUGUUUUAGUAACCCUGAGCAAGGCGUUGCUAGAAUCAGAGUCACAGUCCGCUUCACUAAUACAGUUACAGCGAAAACAACGUUUAGAAGUACAUCUACAAUUGCAAUUACUGAAAGGCAUGCUAAACAAUCAGAGCUCUCUCUCAUUGCCGGUGCAGCCUGAGUCUCAAGCCGAGCUCCAGUCACAGCUUAAAAUUCUUGAAGUCUUGCUACAAAAACUGGUAGGUGGCAAAUCUGCCUCAGAGACGAAUUCGUACACGUCGCAGCUACGGCGACAAAAUCAGUUGCUCUUCAAACUACUAAACACAGAGCUAGACAUGCUAUCGGGUUUAAAGCUACAAGAAAUCAAUAUGGGAACGCAACACACAUUACAGUUAAUGUCAAGUAUAAGGAAAGAAAUACAGUUGCAAUUACUAAAACUUUGGCGAGUGCAGGAGAAUCAAAUAUACGAGGAAUCUGAAUCUCAGUUAAAGUCACAAAUAGCGGAACAGAUCAGCACAAAUUGGCAACUUAUACGACUGCUGGACUUAAAAUUAAAGAAGCAGUCACGAUUCAAAUUGAUGCUACAAGAACGAAUACUGUUGCAAAUUAAACAAUUUGAAAAAGUGGAACAGAUCAGUUCAAAAUUGCAGUUGCCGCGGCAGCUAAAACAGGAAAUCCUGUUACAACUGCGAAAUCUUAAACAGUGGUAUGACACACAUAUAAAAAGACAGUUUACAGAGUCGCAAGUCAACUCGCUGUCACCGGAGGAAUUUGAGCUCGUGCGGAAAAUAAAUUCUCAACAAUUGAUAAGAAAUCCUUUGCUAGUGCAACCAAAAAUUCUGGAAUUUGGUGAAAAUAAUAGCCAAAUUUCUUCCUCAAGCUCGCGCAUAACUUCAGAAAAGUCGCUGACAUCGUCAUCAAACUCAUCAAACUCUGAGUCCCAACGACAGGAGGCAAACAAUGGAAAUUCUUUGCCACUGGGUCAGUCGAUCUCUAAGUCUCGGUCGGAGUCUUCGUCUAAAACAUCGUCUCAUACAUCGUCGUCGAAUUCAACUUCAAAUGUUGAAUCGAAAAUACGACUUGUGCCCCUAAAUAUUUUGUCAGGCUAAAUAUUAUUCUUAUACU